UCAGUGUUUAUGCGGGAAAACCGGCGUGUUGACGCGUUGGAGCGGUUCAUGGCGGAGGGCCGGUGUGUCGUUAUCAAAUGAAAUCAGUGUUUCAGGUAUCUCAGAGUCUAUGGAGUCCAAGGAGUCUGAGGCUCGGUCGUCAGGAGUGGGGACAGUUGAAGUGGUGAACUCUAUUCGGGAGCGGACGAUCGCGGAGAACAGCAUGGUGAUCCUCCUGCAGGGCCUGCAGGGUGAGGUGACCACAGUGGACCUGAAAAACGAGAGCACGGCGCGCGGUCGCGUGGUCAGUGUAGACGCCUUCAUGAACAUACGCCUGGAGGACGUGCUGUACCGGGACCGGCGGGGUCAGCUCACACAGCUGCAGGACCUGUUCAUCACCGGCAGGAACGUCCGCUAUGUCCACAUCCCCGACCACAGGGACAUCAUGAAGACCAUAGAGAGCCAGCUGGCCAAGAUUCACCGCGUCCGCAACUUUGGCAGUGAAGGCGGAGGCAGGAAAGAGUUUGCCAAGAAAGCAAAAUAAUUUUUUUUUUUAAUUUAGAAAAGAUGCUGCUUGUCUAAUUUUCAGAGGUCUGAGGACACCAGUCUGAACCAGUUUACACCCUCAAGGGCCACAAAGUGACUCCAGGGACAAGAAUGCAAACGAGAUUUCAGGUACACUAAGAUAUAAUUGAAAUACUGGGAACGUCUUUAUCAGUAACCAUGUUUGAAUAUUUCAAAAUAAAACUACACAGACUGAC